AUGCGAACAAUCGCUCUCAGCUCAAAGAUGAAUGAAACAGCGAUAUCAUUCAUAGGCUUCUACCAGGAAUACCUACACCUACGCAUCACCUCAUGUAUCCAGUUCAGACUAACCAUUCGAAGUAGAGGUCGAGGCAAUUGUCUUGCUUCCUUCCAUUUCACUUCAUCCUACCUUACACGUACUACUCGAAGCAGUACCUACAUUAGACGGAAUCAAAACCCGCAUCAUCUCAACACCGAGAUAUCGUUUCGAUUCAUUGCAUUUCAUUUCAUUCCAUUCCCACGUCCACCCAUCUCUAAAUACCUAGCAAUGACUGCCGGAUUACCCAUAGAGCUGAGCUCAUCCAAAGCUAUCUACAAGAAAGAGAGAGAAAAGACAUCAAGCAAGAAGCAAAAACCAGUCAACCAAUUCCAAAAAAGCGCCCAGCGCCCUGUCCCUUCCACGGAACCAGCUUUUCAAACGCAAAUGUUCUCCUCUAUGGUAAAAACUCCUUCGGCCCAUCUGGAAAUAGGCGGCCAGGGGUAUCAUUUUCUUCUUCUUCAUCCCAUCCCAUCCCCUUUCGCAACUCUUCUCCACCAGCGCCUUGCAAUGCGAAACCCAGAGGUCGUAUUCAGCUCGAGCUUGGGCUCUCUAACCACUGCAGAGCAGUCGUUGCAGGAGAGCCACCCGCAACCCUUGCGGAUGAAAUUGGCUUUGGCAGUAAAGUUCCUCGCUGAGAGGUUUCACGCCUCUGCUGUAUCGCUCGGCGCAAAGAUUGCAGGUGGGCCAGUUGGCGACCUGGAAUCGCUCAAAGUCAGCUGCUUGCCACGUCCUGAAGUCUCCGCUUUCACUAUGACCGGCGCUCGUGAAGGUGAACGCAGAUAUGGCCCAGGAAAGCUUGCGGCAAUUGCGGGAGACUCCAUCUCUUGCCGAUGCUAUCUGAACUCGAGCUGGAAUGGCUUGUACGCGCUGUCCAUGGCAUGGCACUUGGGGCAACCAGACAUCCGACCGCGAGACUGCUCCGAGAUGAUCGCAUCUGUGCACGCGGAGCACACUGCACAUAUGCAUGCUGUACAAGCGUAG